GGCAGUGCGUGCGGUUAGCUCGGAGCUAAAGCUAAAAACAGUGCAAACAUGUCUAAAAGCCAAAAGCUCAGAGCUCUGGUGAAUGUGCGGCUGACUGCGGCUGCGGAAGAGAUAUUUGCGCUCUUUGAAAGAACGAUAGCGGAAUAUGAAGAGGAACUGCGCCGCUCCAAAGAGGAGAACCGGAGGAAACAGGGGCUGCUGGAGGCUCUGAACCCGAGAACCGUGCUGCUGUUCAGGGCGGAUCUGAGGACUAUCCCGGCGAGUCCUGGACCCGGUCUGAACCAGGGACUGAACCAGGCAGUUGACCAGGGACUGAAGCAGGGACCGAACCAAGGACUGGAUCAGGUUCUGAACCAGGGACUGGACAAGGGACUGAACCAGGGACCGAAGCAGGGACCGAACCAGAGACCGAACCAAGGACUGGAUCAGGGUCUGAACCAGGGACUGAACCAAGGACUGGAUCAGGGUCUGAACCAGGGACUGAACCAAGGACUGGAUCAGGGUCUGACCCAGGGACCGAACCAGGGACUGAACCAGGGACUGAACCAGGGACUGAACCAGGGACCGAACAGAGGACUGCAUCACGGUCUGAACCAAGGACUAAACCAGGGACUAAACCAGGGACUAAACCAGGGACUAAACCAGGGACUAAACCAGGGACUAAAGCAGGGACUGAACCUGAGACUGGACCAGGGACUAAACCAGGGACUAAACCAGGGACUAAACCAGGGACUAAACCAGGGACUAAACCAGGGACUGAACCUGAGACUGGACCAGGGACUAAACCAGGGAACCCCAAAACCCCCCCGGAUUAAAGAGGAGCCAGAGGAACAGUGCAUCAAACAGGAGGCAGAGCUGCUCUCAGUGUCUGUCCCAGAGUCCAGUUCUGUUGGUGUGAAGAGAGAAGACUGGUCACAGCUUCAACAAAGUGAGCCCAGAGCGGAAACACAGGAGGAAGAGCCUCGAUUACACCCUGAGACCGAAGGAGAGUCUGACACGGACAACGACGAAGACUGGAGAGCUCCAUUCAGCUGUUCAGGAGCCCACACGGAGACAGAGGUCGAAGAACCAGGGACGAGUGCAAACAACAGAGACAACACAAACAGAGGAACAGCCAAAAGACCUGGAAAGAGGCUACACAAGUGCCCUAUUUGUGAAAAGACUUUAACGAGCAAGCAAAAUUUAAAAGUCCACACCCGAGUUCACACAGGAGAAAAACCUUACAGCUGUUCAGUGUGUGGCAAAGCUUUUGUCAUUACCUCAAAACUUAAAAUACACAUGAGAACGCACACAGGGGAGAAACCAUACAGCUGUUCGUUCUGUGAGAAAAUGUUCAGCCAAAAGGGUCAUCUGCACGAACAUAUCAGGAUACACACAGGAGACAGGCCUUACAGGUGUUCACUGUGUGGGAAAACCUUCAUCCAAAGACCUCAUCUCAAAGGUCACAUGAUCACGCACAGGAAGAGAGGUCAUACAGCUGUUGAGACCGAAGUCAAUACACAGGAGCCCGUUCAGCCCACGGCUUUGACCUUAUUCAAUCAAAUGUGAUAUUUAUGGUUAUAAUUUAUUUUAUUUUGAAAAGAUUACAUUAGAACCGGGAGCAGGGGUUGGCUGCAGCUGAGCCCUUUGUCCUAGUGUCUACGGGCGGCUCUCUUCUCUUGGUUAGGGAUAUAAAGAUUAUUCAGAUCACUAUAUAAAUGGUGUAAUAGUGUGAUAUUUUGGGUUUCAUUCAGAGUUGACACCUUUUGUUGUUCUUGUAAGUGUUUAUGUGUUGUUGUUAAUGUAACUGCUUUUGUAUGUGGCAUUUGGUUGCCAUGUUUGCAGGCGACAAGUUGAUGUGAAGGUUCUAUUGGUCAGUUUUUUUGCUCUUGUUUUUGCGUGGGUUAUGGCCAUAGUCUCUAUAAAGAGGUGGACUAAGUGAGUGUGACGUUACCCAUAGUGUUCGGCUCCGGUCAAAUUAAGCUCAUCGAGGCUAGCAGCUUUAGGGUCCAAUUUGGAGUAGAUUUUUGACCACAAGUAUCAUAGCAACCAAAGAGCCAAUCCAGAAUCAGGCUGUUUAAGGUAACGCCCCCAGAGGGAAAGAAGCAACCUGGUUUGUCUCUUAUUAAUGUUCAUAUCUUGAUUUACGGGCACAAUAGUGAAAUAAAAAAUACCAGGAUCAUGUAGAGCGGGUUAAUACAAACAUUCUAAAAACCAAAAUGACGAGGAUCAUAGCAGCAGUUACAGAGAGAGGAGUGACAGUUUUACAAUGUAAAGUGAAUUGGGUCGAUGCCGGAGGUGCACCUAUGCUCACUUCCUAUUUGGAAUACGGCAGCUGGUGGAUCCAUUUAUAUAUACAGCCUAUGGUUACGGCCUACAGUAGCCCUCGUGUUCAGAAUAUAAACAACCAAAAGAAAUUUGCUGUGUUUCCUCACACCAGA